ACUUAGCCAUUUAAACCUCCCAGACUAAGACUCUUCAAGACUACACAAUGAUGCGGCUCCUCUUCCUGUUUGCUUUGACUCUGCCUGCUGUCACUCCCUCACAUGGACAGGAACAAAAGCUUCUGCGUGGCGGCUGUCCCAUGUUCUGGUACAGCUUCAAUGACCGCUGCUACAAGUAUGUUUCCUCUCGCAUGACCUGGGGUGAAGCAGAGCUCCACUGUGUGUCGGAGGAGGCCAACUUGGUAUCCAUCCACAGCCAAGAGGAACAUAAUUUUGUCAAUUACCUGAUCAAGAACUUCAACCCUACUGAGGAAUUCACCUGGAUUGGACUCACCGAUGUUCAUAAAGAAGGAGCUUGGAUGUGGUCUGAUGGGUCAAAAUAUACAUUUUUUAAUUGGGGUGAAAAAGAGCCCAACAAUAGUGGUGGACAUGAACACUGCGGACACACCAACUUAGGUCCAAACUUUAAAUGGAAUGAUUAUCGAUGCUCAGAGCCAAAGCCCUUUGUUUGUGCAUCUCGUCUUUGUCCUUAGCAACAGAAAAAAUGUAUAAUACUUUUCUGUGACUUCUUCUAAUGUUCUAUGGUUGUUAAAAUCUUUUUCUCCCUACAACAUCCAAGAAAAAGCUGAAUCACGGGUAA